AGAGAGGCAAAGCCAUGAAGGUGAUGCGAGAGGUUGAGUGAGAGAUGGGUUCAUUGCUUGCUUUGUUGGGGUUGAUUGUAGGGUUAUUUGGGGUUGGCAAUGCACAACUAAGUGCUAGCUUUUACAAUACCACUUGCCCUAACGUGACUAGCAUUGUGAGAAACGUUGUUCAGCAGGCUUUCCAGUCGGAUGUGCGCAUCGGUGCCAGUUUGAUCCGCCUCCACUUUCACGACUGCUUUGUUGAUGGGUGUGAUGGGUCUUUGUUGCUGGAUAAUUCGUCAAGCAUCGUUAGUGAGAAGGAUGCAGUCCCAAAUAGUGGCUCUGUGAGAGGAUUCCCUGUGGUGGAUAACAUAAAGGCUGACUUGGAAAGUCAGUGCCCUGGUAUUGUCUCAUGUGCUGAUAUCCUUGCCAUUGCCUCUGAAGUUUCAGUUGUUUUGGCUGGUGGUCCGUCAUGGAGUGUUCUACUUGGGCGCAGGGAUGGCACUACUGCGAAUAAAGAUGCUGCUAAUAACAAUCUUCCGAGCCCUUUCGAAGGCAUCAGUAACAUUUCAACCAAGUUUUCAAAUGUUGGCCUCGACACGACAGAUGUUGUUGCUCUCUCUGGGGCACACACAUUCGGGCGAGCACAGUGCCAGUUUUUCAGGGAUCGACUAUACAACUUUAGUGGUUCCGGGGCAGCCGAUCCCACCAUGAACUCAUCUUAUGUGACAACUCUACAGGGUUCAUGUCCUCAAAGUGGUGGAGACACCACCUUAUCGGACUUGGACCCGACAACCCCGGAUGGUUUCGACAACGCGUACUUCACUAAUCUUGAGAGCAACAGAGGCCUACUCCAGUCUGACCAAGAGUUGUUCUCCACUAGUGGUGCGACAGUCUCUAUUGUGCAAAACUAUGCUAGUAACCAAAGUGCUUUCUUUGAAAGCUUUGUGAAAUCCAUGAUCAAGAUGGGUAAUAUAAGCCCAUUGACUGGCACCAAUGGUCAAAUAAGAACAAAUUGCAGUAGGGUCAAUGGUAGCUAGCUUUGAAGCUAUCUCGUCCAUGUUGCAUGGUUUCAUAAUCCAUGUAGCAAGUUGGUUUCUCAAUCACAAAAAAAAAUAAACUAAUAAAAAUUGUUGUCUUAGCUUGUUUCUAUUUUUUUUUUUCUUAGUUCAGGGGAGGGUCCAUGAAUUUGGGCUAAUGUUUCUAGUUCUGUGAGUCUUCUUUCUUUUGGGAAGAAGAACCUAGUGCAUGUAACUAGGGUUUUUUAGGGUUUGGGUGGAAUUAUAACCUAAUGGGUGGCUUUGUUUUGGUAGGAAGUCUCUUGAAAGAAAUAUUAUAGUUGUUGCACGUGAAGAACAACCAAAAAUGUUGAAUUAUAACAUUAAGAGAGAAUGGUAUCAUGGGAUUUUGUAGUGAUA